AUGAUGCGCGAGGUCAUGCCCUCUCGACCCCCCUCUCCGCCUCUUCUUCCUCCCUCUCCUCCCGCUCCUUCUGCAUCGUCCCCGGCUCGUCCCACGACCUCGGCUUCAGAUCCGGUUUCUGGAACCUUUGCUCCCCCCUCCCCUUCUGCCGCCUCUGCUCUUGCUGCUGAUGUGCCUGCCACCCCUGCUGCUACCACCUCUGCUCCUGCUACUGAGGAGGCAUCACACGGCAGCAACAGCAGUCAAGCUGCAGAGCUGCGGCCGUUGAAGCUCAACUUCUACUGGCUUGCCGGGAUCUACAAUGUGGGGCAGCACGGAUGCAAGAAGGGGCUCCUGAAGGACGGCCGGUGGUUUCCCAAGGUCUCACCAGCAGCAGACGUCACCAUUAUCGACGGAGGAUCAUGGACCCAUGCGUUCUCUCGUGCUGGCUCGAGCAGUUGUCUGAGUCAGUCAGGCCCCCAGCUGCAGGAUUCGGCUGAGCUGGGUGCUGCGUCAGAGGGUGGGUAG